AUGCCUUGGGAUUCCCUGGAGGAACUGGCCCAAGUGGGUUUGGACAGGUGGGUGUGUCCGGAAAGCAGCUGCUGUAGAUCUGCUCAUCAGUGGUCAGGGGACUUAAGGAGUCUCGUUUUGGUCUCCUGUGUACCUCGCUUCCCUCGCACCGACCUGCCCUGUUUCCUCCGACCUCCUCAGGUGCAUAUAUUUCAGGGCAAGUCUUUCAUCUCCAUUAGGUUAGAUGCCGUCAUUCUUUUCAGCGCAUCGACUCUUUCACUCAGCAUGACAUUCACACAGAGGUGGCCAGAGCAGGGAUGGGCUCUGUUACAGUUGCUAUUGGUGGCUUCUUUCUCUCAGGCUGAGGAAAACGAGUGCAGGCGUAGAGGAGACCCAGAAACCCCACAACUAGUUAAAAAAGGUGACAUUAUGUUGGGUGGACUCUUCUCUUUUCACACUAAUUGGAAAGAAAGGCAAGAUACUUACAAGAAAAAUCCACAACCACUACAAUGUAUGAGUUUAAAUUUCAGAGAAUUCCAGCUAGCGCAGGCAUUGCGUUUUGCCAUCGAGGAGAUAAAUAAUAGGACAGACCUGCUGCCGGAUGUUUCUCUUGGUUACAUCAUUUAUGAUACCUGUGGCUCCAUAGCCAGGAGUGUAAGAGUUGCAUUGGCCUUGGUUAACGGUAAUGAAGCUCUGGCCUCACCUUCUAAAGUGUGUCCAAGACCUGCACAAGUGCAGGCCAUAAUGGGAGAAACCUCUUCAUCUCCAAGCUCGGCCAUUGCUUCCGCCGUUGGACCACUUCACAUCCCACUUGUGAAUCAGCCACUUUCCACAUGUGCUUGCCUCAGUGAUAAAACUAAGUACCCCUCGUUUCUCAGAACCAUACCCAGUGACUACUAUCAGAGCAGAGCUCUGGCCCAUUUGGUCAAACACUUUGGUUGGACUUGGAUUGGAGCUGUUAGAUCAAAUGAAGAUUAUGGCAACAACGGCAUGGCAACAUUCAUAGAAACCGCCCAGCAGCUCGGCAUAUGUCUGGAAUAUUCUGUGUCCUUCUUUAGAACGGACCCAGUAGACAAAUUACAACACAUUAUCGAUAUUAUUAGGACUUCAACCUCAAAAGUUAUCGUCACAUUCCUUUCACACAUGGAUUUAGAUGUGUUGUUACAUCUGCUGUCUAAUCAGAACUUGUCAGGGUACCAGUGGGUCGGCACUGAGGCCUGGAUCUUUGAUUCUCAGACGGCUGCAGGGGAUAAAAAUCGCAUCCUGGAUGGAGCCAUAGGCCUUUCUAUCCCAAAAGCACAAGUCAGCGGCCUCAGAGAGUUCAUGAUGGAUGUUCAGCCAUUUAAUUCAUCAAAUGAUGGCUUAUUCACAGAGUUCUGGGAGGCGUUAUUCAGUUGUACGUUCAAGCUGUCACAAUCAGAAGAGACUCAGAGAGAAUGUACCGGACACGAGGUUCUGACUGGAGUGGAAAACGGCUUCACUGACAUGUCACUGAUGCCUAUAUUUAAUAACGUCUAUAAAGGAGUGUAUGCAGUGGCCCACGCUCUGCACGAUAUCCUCAGAUGUAAUAAUACAUGUAACACCAGCGUGACGCUAAACCCAUCAACGAUAUUACAAAAUAUUCAAGACAUUUACUUUACCACAAAGCAAGGAGACGAGGUGUAUUUCAAUAAAAAUGGAGAUCCAGCUGCAAAAUAUGAGAUUAUUAACUGGCAACCGAGAGUAAACGGCCAUGUGCAAUUUGUUACAGUUGGCCUUUAUGAUGCAUCGUUACCUGCAGACAAACAAAUGAAUUUGUAUAAUAAAACUUUAAUCUGGACACAAAAUUCACAGCAGGUUCCCGUGUCAGUUUGCAGUGAGAAGUGUCCUCCAGGAACACUUAAGGUUCUGCAGAAAGGAAAACCAGUCUGCUGCUAUGACUGUAUAAGAUGUGCAGAAGGAGCAAUAAGCAAUGUCACAGAUUCAGUCACCUGUCUGAGCUGUCCACUUGAAUCCUGGUCAAAUGAAAGAAGAGAUGCAUGUGUGACAAAAGAAGCAGAGUUUCUGUCAUACGAAGGGAUCAUGGGAUCACUUCUUACUGCAGCCUCCUUGUUUGGAGCAUGUCUGACGGCUGCUGUAGCUUUCAUUUUCUUCAGAUACAGAAAAACUCCUCUAGUCAGAGCUAACAACUCCGAGCUGAGCUUCCUGCUGCUCUUCUCCUUGACUCUGUGUUUCCUCUGCUCUCUGACCUUCAUCGGACGUCCAUCAGAGUGGUCCUGCAUGCUUCGUCACACAGCUUUUGGCAUCACCUUCGUCCUCUGCAUCUCCUGUGUUCUGGGGAAAACCAUGGUGGUCCUAAUGGCCUUUAAAGCUACACUUCCUGGGACAAAUAUUACAAAAAUGUUUGGGCCUACUCAGCAGAGACUCAGUGUUCUGGGUUUCACUUUUAUUCAACUCAUCAUAUGUAUCCUCUGGCUGACCGUUUCUCCUCCUUUUCCAUCGAAAAACUUCAAGGAGUUCAAAGAUAAAAUCAUCUUGGAGUGUUCUCUGGGCUCGGCUGUGGGCUUCUGGUCUGUGCUCGGGUACAUUGGACUUCUGGCCACGUUGUGUUUUGUUUUUGCUUUUCUGGCUCGUAAACUGCCCGAUAAUUUCAACGAAGCUAAAUUCAUCACCUUCAGCAUGUUGAUAUUCUGUGCCGUGUGGAUCACUUUCAUCCCAGCGUAUGUCAGCUCUCCUGGAAAAUAUAGUGUUGCUGUAGAAAUCUUUGCUAUUCUAGCUUCUAGUUUUGGAUUACUGAUUUGCAUUUUUAUCCCAAAGUGUUACAUCGUGUUACUCAGACCAGAAAGAAAUACAAAAAAGAAUAUGAUGGGGAGGGGGACACCAAAAGCAUUUUGAAAAUCAUAAACACAAUGAAGUGUAACUCCCAACAACACAUGGUGGUAUAUGUGUUUUUUAUUUUUAUUUUAUUUUUGUAAUCUUUACAGAAAUCUGUUAAACUCAAUAUCAACAAAUACUGCUUUGCUUCAUUCGAGUCAAUAAACUUCAUAAUGAACCUCAGCAACUUAAUGUUAAUCCCAUCAUUUGUGUGUGUCUUUGUGCAAUUGCCACUUUCUUUUUGAGCCAAACAUGUUGGUGCAUCCAGGAACAGCUUUUAAGUGAAAAACAUCACAUUUAUUGAUUUUAUACGUGGAAAAAUCAUACACCAUAAAAAUGGGUAAGCAUGCUAUGUAGCUGCAGUGUAAACAUGUUAAGGUUGUUGCAACAAGUCAGUAGAAAAUACAAAGGGGGUCCCUGCUGAGUCUUUUGAGGGCAGCAUUGCUGAUUUGAGGAAUUCCCUUAUUUGGUAAGUUCGGAAGUCUGACUGUUGCACUGCUCUCGGGGGUACUGUUUUGCUAAUCUCAUUCAACUGUUAGCCAAACAUUUAGAACAUAAAAACAAUCUUUAACAACUAAAAGAAACAAAAAAUAGUUUAGAAAAUAGUCUUAAUUUAAAGAAGACAUGUUAGGAUUUUUUUAACCCUCCCUCUGUCGUUAUGGGUGACCCUGUGAGGAAAGUUGACCAUUGAGCAGGAUUGAUGGUUUAUCCCUUGAGGUCCACGUGGCAGGGGUGAGGUGGUGCUCACUCCUCACCCCUGCCACAUGGACCCAAGGAAUAAACCAUCAACCCUGCUCAAUGGUCACCUUUCCUCAUGGGGUCACACCCAUUAGGACAGUGGGAGGGUUGUAGUUAGAAUAGUUCUAUGAUCAAUAAAAACAUGUUAAAUACAUUCUUUGUAUAAAAUCACUCUCACGUGAAGUGAUUUCAAUAAUUUUGUUCUGGACAUUUUCAGUAUCUUCCAGAAGGAGUCAUUUCAG